AUGUCAAAACUGUGUGGGUUGAACGUAGUUCAACUACGAGAAGAACUACAGAAACGAAGCCUUGUCACAAGUGGCAACAAAGAAGUACUAGUUGCACGUCUGAGAGAAGCUCUCAUUGACGAAGGUAAGAACCCAGACGAAUUCAAGUUUGAUGGUGCUGACGAAGACAAUGAAAUUAGCACAGGCACGUUUACAACCGCUAAAAUGAUGGAACUUCUGCUUAGCAUGUCAACUGAAAUAAAACAGAUCAAAGAACAGUCCGAACGACAGUCCGAACGACAGACAGAGGAUUUAAAACAGAUCAAAGAACGGUCUGAACGACAGUCCGAACGACAGACAGAGGAGUUAAAACAGAUCAAAGAACAGUCCGAACGACAGUCCGAACGACAGACAGAAGAGUUAAAACAACAGAUCAAGGAACAGUCCGAACGACAGACAGAGGAGUUAAAACAGAUCAAGGACCAGCUAAAACACGUAAAAUUGGAAGUGGCAGAACAGAUUGAAGAACAGUCAACAAGAAUAGAAAUGAUCGAACAGAAACUUGAUCGUCAGACCGUUGAGGUAGAUCACAAAAUAGACAAAUUGAAGCGAGAAUUGGCCAUGCCGUUAGAUCACGCAUCUGGAAGAACUUUGAAGGUACCAGCAUUUGACGGAGAGAUGUCCUGGAACGUUUAUAAAACCCAGUUCGAAGCAGCGGCAACUAGUAACUGUUGGAACGGAAAAAGAACGAGCAACAGCACUGAUACUGGCCCUGCGAGGUUCAGCAGCAGAGACCCCGAGCACAGAGACGAAACUGCCCUGGAUACGUUUAUCAAAGCCCUUCGUGAUUCGGAACUCAAGCAAUCCCUUCUCUUGUCAGAUAAACGAAAACUCAAGGAUGCCGUUGCGCACAGUCUCACUUUUGAAUCGGCAAAGCAAGCAUCAAAAAGUGACGUACGUCUACGCCAAGUACAUGAAGAAUGCUCUUGCCAGAAGGUGAUUGUGAAACGUGAACCCCAACAGCAUGGUGUACCCCAAUGCUGGAUUUGUGGCGAAAAAGGCCAUCUACGUCGUGAUUGUAAACACCGCCUAAAAGAUAACUACUGCCGAAAUUGCGCGACAAGAUGGCGCAAAAGAAGAGAAGAUGAUCCCGUAUCACGAUCGGCCCCUUCUAACGAAGGGGCGGAAAACUAA